UGCAAGUUGCGUACUUUACGGUCGCGGUCGGUGCGGUUCUGCGUUAGCGUUUCACGUUCGCGGAGGUUCUGGUGGCGGCGAGUUCGAGUUUAGUAUUUGUCGAGGUUGCAUAAGGUGUUGAUGUCGCGUUCGGCGUUAUUCUCGAGUUGCUGUAUGUUUUUAAAUUUACGUUGAUUUUAUUUAAUUUUUUUGUCGACUGGUGCGGUGGUUUUUGAUAAAUUCCCGAAUGUUAUCAGCUCGCGGAGAGUAAUUUUUUUCUCAACCUUGUAAUACCUAUUUCGAUCGGUGUUUUGUUUCAAAACCUGGUAAAAUUUUUUUCAAUUCGUUUCGGAGUAUCCGAUGCAAGUGAAUUGUUUGUACGUACGAAACGUGUCUCAUCGUAAAUAAAUAAGCAGUUUUCACCCAUACGACCUGAAAAUGCCGCUAUUCGGAAAAAAGGAAUCGGGAAGGAAGAGCAAGAAGGAUUUGGAUAAGGUUCCCAUCGAACAGAAAUACGAACUGAAGGAAUUACUUGGAACGGGCGCAUUUUCCGAAGUACGAUUGGCGGAAAGCAAAGAAAAUCCGGGCGAAAUGUACGCUGUGAAGAUAAUCGACAAGAAGGCCUUAAAAGGAAAAGAAGAUUCUUUAGAAAAUGAAAUACGAGUAUUACGCAGGUUCAGCAAAUCUCCCGGAACAGGUGGUAAAGAAGAAGGCGAUAGAUUGACCCAUCCGAAUAUCGUACAACUUUUAGAAACAUACGAAGAUAAAAACAAAUAUUACCUCGUGAUGGAGUUAGUAACCGGAGGUGAACUUUUCGAUAGAAUUGUAGCAAAAGGCUCGUAUACCGAAAAAGAUGCUUCAGAUUUAAUCCGUCAAGUACUGGAGGCUGUGAAUUACAUGCAUGAACAAGGAGUCGUUCAUCGAGAUUUAAAACCAGAAAACUUACUAUAUUACAGUCCAGACGACGAUAGUAAAAUAAUGAUUAGUGAUUUCGGCCUAUCAAAAAUGGAAGAAUCUGGCAUAAUGGCAACAGCCUGUGGAACACCAGGAUACGUUGCUCCAGAAGUUUUAGCACAAAAACCGUACGGAAAAGCGGUAGACGUUUGGAGUAUCGGAGUCAUUUCUUAUAUUUUAUUAUGCGGAUAUCCACCUUUUUACGACGAAAACGAUGCUAACUUAUUUGCGCAAAUAUUAAAAGGUGAUUUCGAAUUUGAUGCUCCAUACUGGGACGAUAUCAGCGAUUCGGCUAAAGAAUUCAUUUCUAAAUUAAUGUGCGUCGAUGUGGAAAAACGUUACACAUGUCGUCAGGCUCUAGCACAUCCGUGGAUCUCCGGUAACACGGCCAGCAGUAAAGAUAUCCACAGUACUGUAUCAGCUCAACUGAAAAAGAAUUUCGCAAAGUCUAGAUGGAAGCAAAUAAUGAACGCUAUUGCGAUGGUACAUAAGAUGCAGAGAUUGACUAUGAAUAAUUCCAACGUGAUAGCUAAGAAAGAUCAAAGCUAUCCGGCUAUAUUAGAGGAUUCGGAGGGUGGUGAUGAGGGGGAAGCAAGCGUAUCAUGCAGCGGCAGUAAUACGUCAGAUGCAAAAAAUGGCCUUAGAAACCAACAUAACAAAUAGCCAUAAUUUAGCCACCUUGGCCAAGCCAGAAGAUGAUAACUUGUCGGAUUUCGCGUCCUCUCCGGCGUAACUGCUCUCUCCGUUCGUGCGAAAACAAAAAAACGCCGCUGUCGUCGAUUGUUCAACGAAAAAUUUUUAAACAAAAAAAAAUUAUUAUUUUUCACUACUCGGAUAUGGUAAAUUGUUACUAUAGGUACUACGAUCGAUGCUCUGGUCGAGGUUAAUUUAGAAUGGUUCGGCGAUCACGUCUCGGGAUUUUGGCAGCUGCCAGGUGAAGCUACGAGUUUGAGGAAGUGCCUCAAAAAUGGGGUGAAUUUUCGAAGGUGAAAAUAUUGGUUUUUUGAUAAGGAAACGAAAGGUCUUUUGUACUAUGAAUUUGGCUAAGAAGUCGAAUUCAGAUUUGUCAUUUUAUGUUUUUUUUUUUUUUUUUUUUUUUUUUUUUUAAUGUUAGAUUGUUUUUAAUUUUGUGCAGUGAUAUGAAUUUUUUGGGAUUUUGAAGAGAGAGAGAGGGAGGUUUUUUUUGCCUCUUUUGAUAGAAAAAAAUAUUUAACUUUUCAAAAAUUCAGCAUUUCGUUUUGCUCUUUUCUGUUUUUUAUGACAAUAAUUUUGAAAUUGACUCCUUUUCUCACCCUUUCGCCAAUUUUGGUUUUUAAACAUUUUUCAAUUUGGGACCUCAUUUCUCAAAAAAGGAUAUAAUUAUUCGAGUUUUUUCACGAUUUGUUGUAUUUUAAAUCCCAAAUUAUGAUACUCAAGUAUUUUUGAUAGAUUUUUUUCUUCAUGGGAAUAAGCUGGUGAUUUUAAACUUUUUUGUUUGAUUUUCUUUAAAUGAUUGGAAAGAGGAAGAAGAAGAAGAUUAUUUAUUGAGGUCGAGUUUUUAAAUUGCUCUGGUUUUUCUUUUAUUGAAUCGACUUCAGAGUACUACAAUACAUAUUUAAAGAGGGGGUCGAUUUGUUUGAUUUCUCUAGCAACCUUCACUGUUGCUGUUUUCUAGCUGGAAAAAAUGCUCAAUUUUCAAAAACCGAUCACUUCGUCCUCCUUCCUAUUCUUCUCUCCUCUCCCCAAUGAGUUUUUUGAAAUUCGACACUUCGAGUAAAAAGACUCAAAAAGAAUUUCAUUAUGCAAUUUUUCAACAGUUCUUGAAAAUUCCAAAUCACAUGAUUGAAAAAUUCAGUUCAAUUUUUUUUUGUUUUAAUAGAAAAAUUUUGAUAAUUCUUCGUUUGUAUUUUUUUUUCGCAUUUUUCAAUGAGAAUAUCUUCCUUGCGUUCUUCCUUUCUGAAUUUAUGUGCAUUGUGCCUACUUUUUGUUUCUUCUCUAUAGUUUUUUAUCACUUGAGACCUAAUCUCUCCCCCCUCUCAUUGGUUAAAAAGUGAAACGGAAACGAAAACCUGGAUUUUUUAAAUCAGAUAUUUUUUUCAAUUUAGGAGAUUUUUCCAAAAAAUUUUCAGUGUUGCCAUUUUCUGAUUUGAAAAAAUGGCUCCAUUAAAAUUGUUUAAAAUGAUUUUUUGAUUAGAAAUAUGUAUGUUCCAGUUUUUUGAAAUGUUUUCCCAUUUUUCUUUCCGAAUUGGCCUGGUUUUUGUUUCUUCGUGUGUUUUUUCACUCGAGGCUGAGACAUCCUCCCCUCUACUGCAAAAAAUUUGAAAUGAAAAUUUUUUGGAAUCGAAUGGUUUUUUUUCUGUUUUUUUUAAAAUUUAUGAUUCAUUUUUUUUUUUGUAUGCAACUUUUGGUGUUGCUAUUUUUCUGAUCAAAAAAUUGUUUAAUUUUAAAACCGAACUUUCCAUUUUUUUCCUUUUUUCAAUUUGUUUUUUCGCUAAAACCGUCCUCUUCUCCCCUCCAGCUCCCUUCACAAUUGAAUCUUUAAAAAACUUGCAAUUUAACAGAUCCACUUUUUUUCUUUUUUUUAAAUUUAAUAAUUAGAUUUUUCCAACCAACUUUCGGUGUUGCCAACGAAAAAAAGCUCAUUUUUAAUUAUGAAGAUCUGAGACUUACUCAUCCCCUCCCCUCUUCUCGUUCAAAAAAGUGAAAUCUAAUUUGAAUAUUAUUAGUUUAUUGGAUUUUUCUCCAGUAAUUUUCGGUGUUGUCAUUUUUUAGAUUAAAAAAUUUGUUCAGUUCUUGAAAAAAAAAGCAUUCUUAUGGUUGAAUUUUUUAAAAAUGAGUAGUGUAGAGACCAUGGUUCAAUUUAUUCUAAACUUUAAAAAAAUGAAGUGAUAAGAAUUGAAAAAAGAAACAUUUGAAAGAAAAAUUGUAAGUUUUUUAUUUUACUUCAAAAUUAUGCUUAGAAUUUUUCUUUUUUUGAUUUUGAAAACUUUUUAAUAAAACAAAAGACUUUAAAAUGUCUCUAAAAUGUGAGCUAUUUUUUUUUUUUUUUUUUUUUUUGUAGUUGGUAUGGCAACUUUGUUGAUAAGUUGAAUAAUUUUUAGAUCUUGUGAGACAUUUGCGAUGAAAUGAAAUUAACAUUUAAAAAAAAAUUACCUAUUCUGAAGUUCAAAUUUUGAAAAAAAUGAACGAAUAUUGUGAAUUAGUGGAAUUUAUUUCUAUCUCAAUGAAAUGAAAAAAAAAGUUGGAUGUUUGAUUUUUGUACACUUUUUGGAUUUUCAAAUAGGUAAAUUUGAAUUAAAAAUUUUGUUCAUUUUAUAAAAAUUUCUUCCAUCAAAAUUUUUUUCAAAACUGUACCUAAUUUAAAGAAAGAGAUUGAACAUUUUAGAUCUGUGAAAAUACUCAGUUCAUUACAAAAGGAAGCGAAGAAGUGAUUUUCAACAAUUUCCAAACUCAACUUAAGUAUUUUUCAACUUUUUAAGUUUUUUUUUUUUUUUUUUUUUUUCAUGUCAAAAUUGUGGAGGGAAUGGAGAUGGUAAAUUUACGUAAGAAUAAUACACAAUUUCUACAAAAUCAUUCAACUUGUAGUUUCGACGAUGAAUUUGUUACAAGUAAGAAAAUAACCAAGAGCGAUGAAAAAUUGGAAAAUAAUUUGUCAUUUGACUGAUCUAACACGACAACUUCAAUAUGUGAAAUUGUCGUAAGUAAAUUGCCUUUUUUCGGUAUCGAGGGCGCUCUUUAAAACUAUUAUCUAUAGUAAGCUAUUUCAUAAUGUAGGUGGGCUUUUUCAUCUACGAGUAGAGAUAACAUAUUUUCGAAAAGUUGAAACGAAUUUGACGAUGUUAAAAUGACAAACUUAUUGUAUGUACUUACUACUACAGUUUCGUUUGAUAUUUUCGAUUUCUUCUGGGCUUUUAAAAGUUUCACUUCGAGUGUUGGAAUACUUCGUUGUUUUCUAAUUCAAUAUUUCAUUGUUUCUUUUGCGAAGAAGAUUAUUAUUCGAGGAGUACUUACGUAUUUUUAAUGGAUAUCGUCGUUUUUUGAAAUUGUAAUUUCUAUUCUUUGAAAAUUUCAGCAACUCGUGGCUCAUUUUAAAUUUUCAACUCGAAAAUUUUUUCAUUUUGAAUUUCACUUUGUUUCUCGACUCGUUGUUCGUUUUCUUUGGUAAUUUAAAAUUUUCAAACGUCGAAGACACGUUUGGUUGGAAAGCUUUUUGUUGGUUGCCCUUUAGUUGUAUUCUCGAGAACAGCGAGUUGUUUUUUAUUUUUUUUUUUGAUAACUUUUUAUCAGCGCCUUGCGCCGUAUUGAAUUAGGAAUAGUUUUUUGUUUUAAACGACGUUUUAAAUUUUUUAUAUUGGAAUUCUCCAUUUAGAAAGUUUCGCGUAAACGAGUAUCGGUUCGUUUAAAAUGAAAGCAUUUUUUUCGUAUUUUUUUCGGUAUACUUCAAAUGGAGGAAGAAGUAGGGAAGGUCGAACUAUUGAUGCGUUUAUGAAUCGCGAAGAAGGGCAUGUUAAAAAAAAGUUGGAAAUUUUCGGCGAUGGAAAAAAAAUACCUCGAUAAUAUGAAAGCUGGGUUAAAAGUUGAAGUAUUCGCUAGGGAUUCGUUCAUGUAUCGGAGAAAGGUUUUAUAAUGAUUUAUCUCAAUUACAUUGACAUUUUUGCAGCUUGUAAAAUAUAAAAAAAAGUAUAAAGUUUUGACGCGUUUUAUUCACCUAUAAUAACGAGACUCGUAAUAACCUUUUAGGUGCACAAAAUUCCAGAGACUGAUCGCUAUAUACAGAAUAAUAUUUCGAAAAAAUUUGGGGGUAUUUGUGUAUGUAUUUUUAAACGACUAUACGAUGUACAAAUAGAAAAAAAAAACUAUGUGAAAAUGACGGAUGGUUUAUCCAAGUCAGUUGUUUUUAAUUACGUGAUAAUUUAGUUUUUAUUUUUUCUCCUUUUUUUUCCUCUCUUGGCACAACGAUGUAAAUAAUUUUAAGAUGAGUUCUUUUUUUUUCUUUCUUUUUCAAUAUAAUCGUAUGCUUUGUUAGCUCGACAAGUGAGUUUCUUUCGUCUUGAGAUUAUGUAAACGAAUAAAUAAAGUACACAGCAAACGAUCGAGAGCAGAAUUCAGCGAUGAAUGAUCAUUUUGAGAGUUUUUUUUUAUUCCAUUCGAAUGUACAUAUUGAUGGAAUUUUUAUCGUUUCGCCACAACUUACUUAAUUAGAGUACCUAUAGUUACCUUUUUUUCUUUUUUCUUAUGUAAAUAAUCGUUUAAUAAUGAUCUUUUUAAAUAGUUUAUUUGUAACAUUCCAAUUUAUCGUUUUAUAUUUCGUUUUUACUUUUUUUUUCUUCUGUUAUUACAGCCAUACCUUCUUUUUUUUUCAUUAUCUAUUUAGAGACAAUUGUUCAAUUGAGUGUCAUAUUAAUUUUUAUGAUGAAAAAAAAAAAUUGUUACUUAAAUACAUACUACGUGAUGCAAUAUGAUGCUGUGUAAUAAAUCAAAAUAAAAUUUAACCAUUUUCAACGGA